GAAAGAAGAAGAAGUAACGUGGAGUCUCGGGUUUCCGAGCUGCACUCGAACGCAGCAACACACACACGAGCAUGACGUCAUGCGCUCGGACCGUGCCGUGACCUGCUGCUCCGUCUCGUGCUAAAAAAAAAAAAAAAAAAAAAAAAAAAGAGGGGGUGGGGGGGGGCUCGCACCAACAGAUGUUCCGCGUGCAAACACGGUGAGUACCCGUUGUAUCCGUGACAUGCACCGCGAGGAACGAGCGACGAUCCGCAGCAGCAGCAGCAGCUUGACCCUCGUCGUCAUGGCCUCCUGAGAUCUUCAGGCUCCGGCGACUCGUCCAGAGGUUCACCGUUCAAGCCUUACAAACCCCCCCAGAGCAAAGAGGGGACAGAUGGGGAGCUGUUGCUGUCACACUGAAAGUCCCUGUGGCAGCGUAGAGGAACGAAGUGGUUUGCUGAAAAAUGACUCGAAGACCACGGCGGCCACGGGUGAACCGGGCACGACGGGCACUUGUGGUCCUGAAGGAGACGAUGACAAAGGGAAAACGUCAGAUGAGGCCAAUAUAAAGGCGGAGGUGAAGGCUGAGGUGACACAGAUUCCUGAGGUUGGAGAGACGGAGCCCAAAAACACUCAGGAGAAUGGACCCUCGCCGGACGUGGUCGUACAAACAGGAAAGACUACUCCCAGGAAACUCGAAGAAAACUCCACCCGAGCACAAGAUGAAGACGUGAAGGACGGUCCAGCAGACAGUGGACGAGCUGAGCUUCUCAACUGCACUUUAAACUCCCCGCAGAGCGAUCAUGCCGCGGCUGGUUGGGAGGUUUUUACACCAGAAGAAGAAGAAAAACCAGCUGUGCCGCAGGACAAAAUCCCUGAUAGCAGCUCGGUAAAUCCCAAGGUUUGCUGUGAGAACCAACCUGAGACAAACACAACAAGAGAGCGUGUCACACUGGCCACUGCUCAUGAUAGUGAAGAGGAAGAAGGCUCCAAGGCCGUUGACAACGCUGCAGCCGAGCCAUCGGGGGAGUUUUCUCAAAAUAAGGAAGUAUUAUCUGUCCCAAACACUCAGCCAACUGCAGCAGCUUAUCAACCGUCGUCGGAGAUCGACAGAGAGUCUCCGAGCUGUGCUGUGACCGACGAUUCAGACAACGGGAGUCCUCCAGUGUGCAGAGAGGCCUCUCCUGAAGUCACGAGAAGCCAUGAUGUCUCAGAGUCUUCUCCUGGAUCGGAGCCCACAGGACUCAACCACAGCGCUGAGGAACGAGACUCCGCCAACUGUGUGGACGAGCCAGAGACCGCAGCUCUGGCAGACAUGAGCGAGAGCUCAAAGCCCGAUCAGGAUGCAAAGCCAGAUCUUGAGUGUGCAACUCCAAGCUCGAAGGAGGUCACCUCCUCGGAGAACAUCAAACAGGUUAUCAGGGAGGAAACGAUGCAAAAAGGACAGGAUGAAGAUGUUCCCAGAGCGGAGGAGAACAACGAGACGAGGCAGGAGGUGGAGAUCGCUCCCGAAGAGGUCGAGACUCCCAAAGAGGCUGAGAAAGACGCUGAGAUUCAGGAGCUAGCUGGGAAAGAGGAGCAGCUGGCAGGGAGCUCAUCCACUGAUGUCGAGGCUGAUGGGCUAUGUCUGACAAAGAAGGAAGACUCGGCUGAAGACGGCCUCGGGAACAGUGAAGAAGAUUUGUACAGAGGAGCCGAGGAGCUGUCAGCAUCACAGGAAAACAAAGCAGGACCGCCAGCUGUGUUGGAAACCUCACUUUUAAAGGUGGAGGACAGAUGCAGCUUGGCCCCGGCGAUGGAUAUUCUGUCGUACAGCGAGAGAGAGUGGAAAGGAAAUACUGCCAAAAGUGCUCUCAUCAGAAAGGGUUAUAAAGAGAUGUCCCAGAGGUUUGGCAGAUUGAGGAGAGUGAGGGGGGACAACUACUGUGCCCUCAGAGCAACACUGUUCCAGGUGCUCUCGCACAGCACCCAGCUGCCCGUAUGGCUGCAGGAGGAGGACAUUACUAUGCUGCCGAAACAACUUGAGGCCCAGGAAGGUCUGAUAAGUCAUUGGAUGUUUCCUGGAGAUUGCCUGCAGGGAGAUGGGACAGGAGACGCCGCUCUGCAGCUUAAAGGCUACAUGGAGCUCCUCCGGAAUAAGUGGCAGGCGGCGGUGGACUGCUCCUCGGCGGCCGAGCGGCAGCAGCAGUGCGAGCGAGUGUUUCAGGGAGGAGAAGACGAGCUGGGCCUGCUGGAGGCGCUCAAGCUGCUGAUGCUGGGCAGAGCGGUGGAGCUGCACGGCUGCAUGCAGGCCGGCGGAGACGUCCCGCUCUUCUGCUGGCUGCUGUUUGCGCGCGAUUCAUCCGACUGCCCGCGCUCCUUCCUCUCCAACCACCUCAGCCACGUGGGCCUCAGCGCCGGGCUGGAGCAGGUGGAGAUGUUCCUGCUGGGCUACGCCUUGCAGUGCACCAUUCAAGUUUACAGACUGUACAAGGCUGACACGGAGGAGUUUGUCACCUACUACCCAGACGACCAUAAGGACGACUGGCCGUCCGUGUGCCUCGUCACGGAGGAUGACCGCCACUACAAUGUGCCAGUCGUAGAAGCUGCAGAACUGAAGGAGCUGAACUCGAGCUGAUCGCCACUGCAGAGAAAUCUCCUGCCAUACAAACAAAACACUCCUCAGGUUGAUCAAGAUGAACAGAUUUACGCCAACUAAAAGGAAUAGUUUGACAUUUUGGGGGUCGCUUUCUGUGCUGUGAGUUAGACGAGAAGAUCGGUGCCACUCGUGUAAAGCGACCACGAUCAGUUUAAGCUCUCACUGUGGCUUGUUUA